AUGGUGAGCACUUUCGGGCGAGUCUUUUCCAAGAGUGCUUCUCACAGUUAUCUGUCCUAUGGCACAUGCUUGGCAGGUGGUUAUUACUCUGUGCGGCGGCAGGGUCGGGGACUGCUUGUGCAUCGGUUAGUAGCUGCAACUUUUCUCGGCCAGCCCGACUCACCAAACUUGCAGGUCAACCACAAGGACAAAAACCGUGGAAACAAUCGCCUGGAGAAUCUUGAAUAUGUUACACCUUCUGAGAACCAGCUGCACGCUCUGGGCACGGUGCGGAGAGUGCGCAGAUGCAGGCCCAUUCUAGCACGCGGCAUGGGGUGUGAAGCAUGGACCGAGUUCGCAAGCAUCGCAGCUGCUUCGGAGCACACCGGCCUAUCACGUAGAGUUGUUUCAGCAGCAUGCCAUCGACUCAGAUCCGGGAAGGGCAGCUGGGAGUUCAAGUUUGCACCCCAGGCAUUGGAUGGGGAGGUGUGGCGGGUAGUGGUGUUGGAGGGAGCUCGCGCGCAAAGACGGCGUUGUCAGUAA